GGGACCAAGCGGCAGCGCCGGGCGAGCAGCGGGGGGCCCCGGGAGAAGCGGGGGCGGCCGAGCCAGGACCCCCCUCCCGCUCCUCCUUACCGGCGGCGUCGCAGCCGCCAACAGCCGGGGCCGCUGCCGCCGCCUCCUGCUGCAGCCUCCACCGUCCCGAGUCCCUCGGAGCCGCUGCUGCUGACGCCGCCGCCGCCUCCUUCACUGGCCCCUGCGGGGCCCCCGUUGGCUGCCCCGCUGGCGGCCUCGGCGCUCUUCACCUUUUCGCCGCUGACGGUGAGCGCGGUCGGGCCCAAGCACAAGGGCCACAAGGAGCGCGAGAGGCACCGGCACCACCACCACCACGGCAGCGACCCCGGCUCGUCGGGUGUCGCCGGCCCAAAGCACAAGGGCAAGCGGGAAAACGGUGACCAGAGUGGCGGGUUGUCUCCGGCCAAGGCUCCCAAGAGAGAAACACCAGAUGAAAAUGGCAAAACCCAGAGGGCUGAUGACUUUGUCAUGAAGAAAAUAAAGAAGAAAAAGAAAAAGAAACAUCGAGAAGAUAUGCGUGGGAGACGCCUUAAAAUGUACAACAAAGAAGUACAGACUGUCUGUGCUGGCCUGACCCGAAUUAACAAGGAGAUUCUGACACAAGGACAGGUGAAUAACAGUUCAGGAGUUAACAAGGAAUCCUUCAGGUAUCUGAAAGAUGAGCAGUUGUGCCGACUGAAUUUGGGCAUGCAAGAAUACCGGGUACCCCAGGGAGUCCAAACACCAUUUAUGACUCACCAGGAGCAUUCUAUUCGUAGCAACUUCUUAAAAACAGGCACUAAAUUUAGUAACUUUAUUCACGAGGAGCACCAGUCCAAUGGUGGUGCUCUAGUUCUUCAUGCCUACAUGGAUGAACUCUCAUUUUUGUCUCCAAUGGAGAUGGAGAGGUUUUCUGAAGAGUUCCUUACUCUGACAUUCAGUGAAAAUGAAAAAAAUGCAGCUUACUAUGCUUUAGCAAUAGUGCAUGGGGCAGCUGCUUAUCUGCCUGACUUCUUGGACUAUUUUGCUUUUAAUUUUCCCAACACUCCAGUGAAAAUGGAAAUUCUGGGCAAGAAAGAUAUUGAAACAACAACUAUUUCAAACUUUCAUACUCAGGUCAACAGGACAUACUGCUGUGGAACCUACCGAGCAGGUCCUAUGCGGCAGAUAAGUCUUGUGGGAGCAGUAGAUGAAGAAGUUGGUGAUUAUUUUCCAGAAUUCCUUGAUAUGUUAGAAGAAUCACCAUUUCUGAAAAUGACUUUGCCCUGGGGUACACUCUCCAGUCUCAGACUCCAGUGUAGAUCCCAGAGUGAUGAUGGACCUAUAAUGUGGGUGAGACCAGGAGAACAGAUGAUCCCUACAGCAGAUAUGCCAAAGUCACCCUUCAAAAGACGCCGAUCAAUGAAUGAAAUUAAAAACCUCCAGUACCUACCUCGGACCAGUGAGCCCCGAGAGGUUCUCUUUGAAGACAGAACGAGAGCCCAUGCUGAUCAUGUAGGUCAGGGGUUUGACUGGCAGAGUACGGCCGCUGUUGGGGUUUUGAAAGCUGUACAGUUUAGUGAAUGGAGCAACCAACCUCGAAUAACCAAAGAUGUGAUUUGUUUUCAUGCUGAGGACUUUACUGAUGUUGUGCAGAGACUUCAGUUAGACCUCCAUGAACCUCCAGUGUCACAGUGUGUUCAGUGGGUGGAUGAAGCUAAACUAAACCAAAUGAGGCGAGAAGGCAUUCGUUAUGCUAGAAUCCAGCUGUGUGAUAAUGAUAUCUACUUCAUCCCAAGAAAUGUCAUUCAUCAGUUUAAAACUGUGUCUGCAGUAUGCAGUUUAGCCUGGCACAUAAGGCUUAAGCAGUACCACCCUGUUGUGGAAGGCCCUCAGAAUGCAGAAAAUAAUGCCAACAUAGAUUUUGGUAUCACUGCAAAGUCAGAAUCGGAAGCUAACUCUCAGUGUGUGAGUAUAAAAACGGAGUCGGAAGGAACAAGUGCAGAGACGCAGCUUUUGACAACUGCAUCUUCAUCUUUCUCAACUCCGUCAGGACUUGUACAACAAGAUCAAGGGGUUCAGCUCCUUCCAGCUGUAAAGUUGGAACCCAGCCUGGAAUCUGACCAACCACACGAUCCACAGGACCAUCCAAGUACUCCUGUGUGA